AAGCAGGGGCGGACUGACCAUUAGAGCACUCAGGCACUGCCCGAGGGCCUGGGGUCAGUAGGGGGCCCCAUGAGAUGCCCCUGGUACCUUUCAUUGGCUUUUUCAUAGGUUUUUUGGGUGUGGGCGAGGACAUAGGGGCCCCAUGAUGCCCUAUUGCCUGGGGGCCCAUGAGUUGUCAGUCCGCCCCUGUGCCCAAGUUUCCAAAUGGUCAGGCAGCCCUUGGUCUGAAGAAAGUCGAAAGGCAUUUGCCAGCGGUUAUAAAGAAGCCACUGCAGGG